AUUAUGCGACGAAGCGCGCGCAGGUUUAAAACAGUGAUAAUUUGUUUUUAGCUUUUUAUGAGUGUGUGUUUAUCAGGUCAGUCAUGUUGAAGAAAGCACCCAGAGCAAUCUUAAAAUCUCAAAUGAAAAAGAAAUCGGACAUACGUAUUGGAAAAAACGCAGAUUUGAUGGUCCAACUGAAUCUGCUGCUUGUCUUGCGUCGACUGGCAGAAGAGUCCAGAAUCAAGGCCUUUGAGGAGAAAACGGCUACUAUCAAAGUUCACCAUGUCAAAGCUGUUGCAAAGAAAUUGUUGAAGAGCACACGGGGAUGAGGUGGAACAUAUUGCUUCUUCUGUGAGCCUGAAGCUACACAGAGCCCACAGUCUGAGAGAGCCCAGGUAUCCAGUGCACUCCAGACUCAACCUCUCACUGGGGCCAGGAUACAUGAGUCAUGCCAUGAGUCAACAUAUGCUUGCCAUUUGCUCAUCUUUACCUUUGGACCCUCUUUCCCCCUUUUUUUUUAAUUUGACUUUUUCAGUGUGUAAUCCUAAAAUGUGCAACCUGCAAGAUAAUGUGCAAACACUCCCCCUCAGAUUAAUUCCCUUUGGAUAUCUGUUCACUUUUCUGCUCCAUUACUGUUGACCUUUUGCUUUCGAGUGGUGUUGGGAAAUAGCUUGUGUAUAAACAUUUAGCCUGUGACUGAUGGUAACAGCCCUGAAUAUCCAUAGCCACAAAUGUUUUGUGGUCUGUAUUUUGGAUUUUUAUGAGUACUUAAUGCGUUAAUAAACAAUUUGUGCCACUUAAA